AUGCCUGCGUGCCGAGUCCUGCUGGCAGCGGAGCCGUGCGCGGUGGUGGUCGAAAAGGCCGAGGAUACCGUCGAGAUGUGGGCAGCUGUGUGGAGCAAAACGGUGCUGUUAUUCGUGAUGGGGGUCUUAGGGUCUCACUGUGACUUCCUCCGUCAGCUGCGGUCUGCCUGGCAGAAAUGCCUGCGCCUGCAAUUAAUCACCGUGAAGCUGCUGCCUCAUGCACGGAUUGCUGCUCAAGCUGAUGUGCAGGAGCCACUUAGGGCUGGUGCCCUUCCUGGUGUCUCAAGUCAGGCUGAAGUUGUAGAGGCCUCAAGUGAGAUCCUCAGGUGGUCUUCAGAGAGGACGUGCCAAUUAAUCCUUUUUUUCCUUCUUCUUGCCUUUCUUAGGAAACUACUGGAAGAAUGUUGUGACCCUGGCCAGCUCUUUGCCAUGACAAAGCAGAACUCCCCCAUGGGAAAGAAUCUCUGGUUUGACGGGGAAUUGUUAUAUUCUUUCACUAUUGAUAAUGCAACUUACUCGCUCUUCCCACAGGCUACCCCCUUGCAGCUGCCGCUGAAGAAAUGCUCCGUGGUGGGAAACGGUGGCAUCCUGAAAAGGAGCGGCUGCGGCCGGCAAAUAGACGGAGCCGACUUCGUCAUGCGGUGCAACCUUCCUCCUCUAUCCCGUGAAUACAGCAAGGAUGUUGGAUCUAAAACCCAGCUGGUGACUGCAAAUCCCAGUAUAAUUCAGAAAAGGUUCCAGAAUCUGCUUUGGUCCAGGAAAGCGUUUGUGGACAGCGUUAAAGUGUAUAACCACAGCUAUAUCUACAUGCCAGCCUUCUCCAUGAAGACAGGGACAGGGCCCUCCCUCCGUGUCUACUACACCCUGCAGGACUUUGGUGCCAAGCAGACGGUGCUUUUCGCCAACCCCAAUUUCCUGCGUGACAUUGGCAAGUUCUGGAAGAGCAAAGGCAUCCACGCCAAGCGGCUUUCCACGGGACUCUUCCUGGUCAGCGCUGCCCUCGGCCUGUGUGAGGAGGUCACCAUUUACGGCUUCUGGCCCUUCUCGGUGGACCUGCGUGGGAAGUUCAUCAGCCAUCACUACUACGACAACGUCUUGCCCGAUUCCGGCUUCCACGCCAUGCCGGAGGAGUUUCUACAGCUCUGGUUUCUUCACAAAAGCGGUGUCCUGAGAAUGCAGCUAGAACAGUGCAAGGACCCUUUAGUCCAGUCUGCUACCUAAGGAUUGGAGGGGUCAGCUGGGAGACCCAACAGUUUUUACUUCUCCUGUCCUCCAGAAAGAGGGCUCUGUUUUCUGUUGAUCCUUUUUAAAGGGAAGAAUAACUGUGGAUUUGUGGAUUUGCAUGGACCAUAAAAAUGCUACUUGAAGGCCAAACGGAAAACAUCCUUAAUGUACAAUGUUUUACGGAACUGGGCUGAGGGGAAAAGAAUCUCUCCAUGGAGUCCAUUCGGACGUAUUGUGAAAACAAUGUCAAAAGUGACACAGCGGAACUUUCUGGGUGAUGUUUUUAAAUGACCAAUGUAAAAGGGCAUUAAGACUCAGAGAGAAACAGGGCCACCCACGAGCUUUUGCUGACAGUGCCAAAUAUGACUGUCUGUUCAACAAUCCAUUUCAUUCCAGAUUGGCACCUCAUACGAUUUCUUACCCUUUUCCUUUCUU